GGCCUGGGUUUGUGUGUCUACCGCUGACGAAGCGCUGUCACAUGUGUUGCAUAAUAUGGCGGCUUUGAUGUUUUUAUCAAGCUAGGAGAUGUACUUUGUGAAAUCUAUCAUCUUCAAAUAAUCUGGCUCUUGUGUGUUAAAUUCAGAAUGCUUUCAGUUGGUAGCAAAUUGAUUUUCGCAUCUGCUGGGACAUUCAGACGGUCAUUGCUGUCGAAGAAUGUUUUUAAUCCAAAGAUUGUCCAGGUUCCACUGAGCUGCUUGGCGUGUGGAAAGGUUCAGGUAUUGCAAAAUGAACAUGAAGUCAAGGGUAUAAAGACCAGAUUCAUACUGAACAAUGCUAGUGCUUACAAAAGAAGAUUCCAGUCGACAGCUCCGGGAUCUGAAGGCACUGUUGGUGCAAUAGAAAAUAAAGAAAAUGGUGGAACAUGGAUUGACAAAAUCAUCAAGGUUUUGAAAGUAGUAGCUGCACCCUUAGUGAACAAAACAGUUUUAGUGGGUGGUGCAAGGAACAUGUAUGAGUGUUGUGUGGAAGGAAUGAAUUUUGAGGAGUUCUUUGAAGCUCUCGAAUUACCUGACACAUUGCAGUCAUGGUUUCUUGUGCUUCACCUUCACAUUUGGAUGUGUUUGGUGCGGCUCAAAGCUGAGGGUAAAGAUGGGAGAUACAUGUACAAGACACUUGUUAGGAUGAUGUGGCUUGAUGUGGAGGAAAGAAUUGAUAACUUAGGGACCAUUGACUCAGUUCAGAAGCGAGAUACCUUGCUAGUGUUACAGCAGCAGUUCAAUGGUCUAUCAAUUGGAUAUGAUGAGGGUUUGCUGUGUGAUGACAGAGUCCUGGCCACAGUUUUAUGGAGAAACUUGUUUCAGAACAAGAAUCGCACAGAUGCUGAGCAGCUCGGCCGGCUGGUGGAGUAUGUCAGAAAAAACAUUCAACAUUUGGACAGCCUUCCCACCGAACAUGUCCUACAAGACGGAAGAAUCACAUGGCUUCCUUUGAAUGAGCAGUUUGAGGAAGGAGACAAGGAGGAUAAUGAUUGAUUUGGACUGACUUUUUGAAGUUCAGACUUGCAGGCAGUGGACUGAAUUUCAACCAACACGACUUUCAAUUGAUUUUUUUUUGUCAAGCUCAUCCAAUUUGACUUGUCUCUCAGGUCGAAUUUAAAAAGCCUUGUUUACAGCAGUAAGUUUUACUUGAGAAUUGUUGGUGUGGUUUUCUCUUUCGCUCUCACGCUUAAAAAAUUGUCGAGACCAAGGAACAGCGAUGCUAUUUUGUUAGGUUCAAAACUAUGCUUCAGGCGAAUGAAAUUUGUUACGUGAUAUUUAAAUACAGUAGGAUAUCCGCGAAAACCUAAUGAGCUGUUAAAAAGGUAAAAAAAAGGAUCACUAAACUAGGAAAAAGAUUGAUAUUAACUUUCAACUAUUUUGAUUUCUGUUGUUUAUGGUGAAGAGCAAAAAUUUUGCAAGGGAAUGUACUGGAAACAACUCACCUUUCGUCUGUAAUUUUUACUUUCAUCACGGGGAAUAAAUUAUAGUUCGCUUAUAUCAUUUCCUUCUUCUUGUUUUUCUGCUGUAACUGUAAAGUUAAAAAUUCAGUGGCCCAAUGUAUUUAAUUUAGAAAAGAUUUUGUACAUAAUAAUAAUCGUUUUCACAUCCAACAAA